GGAUCUUACACCUCAUCGUCAGCACAGUCAUUUCUAUGCUAUGCCAUCGAAGCACCUGCUAAAACAUCAGAAACCCUCUUAAUGGACCCUUUAAGCGCGACGAGCUCUUUGAUAGGGCUGGCCUCUGUCUUGAAGACUUACAAGGACGUGCUUAGCCGUUCAAGAGACCAGCCGGGGUUGAACCAGCUAGAACAACAGCUGAGACACACAGCGGCUCAAUUGCGUUUGAUAUCAUCUAUCCUGUCCUGCUCACCCCAGCUGCCGGAAUACUUCCUCGAGGAUGUCGAAGAAACCUCAAACAGGGUUAGAGCAGCGAUAAAACGACUAGAAGCCGUCUUUAAGAAUUACAAUGAGAGCUCAAAACCAUUGCGCCCGGCCAAGCUUGUUCUCGAUAAGAGGACAGUUGGGGAUAUUGCGGAGUUAGAUAACACGGUCGAUAAACUCUGCAGUCAGUUUAAACUGCACAUGGCAUUGAACACGAGGCAGCAGAUAAACGUGCUACAUUCUCUCGCAGAAGCCACGGCGAAAUACUUCGAAAGUAGUUUGAGUGAUUUGAGGAAUGAUUUAAACUCCCUCGUGCGACUGUUGGCAGAGAAGUUUGAACAACCACUUGAAAACUUCACGGACUCGAGUCGUGAUAUGGGCGAACGCCAACGCGACUUCGAAGAGCUGCGGGAAGCCCUUCGAAGAAAUCUCGGCAGCACUACUAUGCGCCCUUUUGCGUUCGACCCAUUCUGCUUUCCUUUUGUGAUCGUUUCGCCAGACCGCCAAGAGUCGGUCGGGGGCCCGGUACAAGUCAAAUUGGAUACUGGCGCCCACGAUAGUUGGGUUGGCAAACACGUACUCGAGCGGCACGGUCUUGAUUUUGACUUGACUGAUGAUCAGAGGGUUUUCAUCGGAGCUGGUCGUGGUGGGUUCCGUGCUCUCGGGAAAGUCACGCUGAUUUGGUACUCAGAAAAUCAAGCCCUGACCAAGAAGACAAACUUCCUCGUCGGCGAAGAACUCCCGUUCGAUGUCAUUCUUGGCAGUGACUAUCUCAUGGACGAUCUGAACACGGAUCCUUUCAAAACGCCCAUUCUCCCCUUAAGGUCGAUUCUCACGAGAGAGGAACUCCAAGAGCUGGAGAAGACGCAGCGUGAGAAAGGCGCUAAGGCUGAGGACAUCCGGAAAAUCCAAAAAGAGCAGAACCUGAAGAAUUUCGAAGAGAGGAGGAAAGCUAAAAGAGAGUCGCGGCUUACUACGCCUGCUUAUCCCGGCACUUCUUCCAGCUUCCUCUUCCCCUCGUCAACCCCUACCAGCAUUUCCAGGCGCUCAAGUUUCGCCAGCCGGUCCGUUACACCGGGGGCAUCGCGAUUGUCUAGCAGAGAGCCUAGUCUCGUGACGGCAGAUAUUACGGCUGAGGAUGGGUCACAAGCCACUGAUAAUAAUUCUACAACUCCAGCUGAGCGGUCCGUAGCCUAGGAAUGAGAAGAGCAUAAUGGCACGGUCAAUAUUUUGUGACAGGACCCCAGGACCACGACGCCAGCUGAAGAUCCACAGUGCUUCUGAUAUCAUUACUAAUCGAAAGUAGACGGCAUGAUCUAAGUGUAGACUACAGUUCAGCACUUCAAGCGGCUAUUCGAAACGAGCAUCCGAGUAUUAUCAAGAUACUGAUCGAGAACAAAGCCGAUUCCAAUGCAGAAACCG